CAUGCCAGCGCCACCCCCUCCAAUGAAUUUCUCCGCCACUGGAGCGAAUAAAAUAGAAAUACUAAUUGCGAAUAAAAUAAAAUAGAAAUACUAAUUGCGAAUAAAAUAAAAUCCUUCUUCGCUCUCUCCUUCUGCCUUUUUCUGCAUGCGAAUCUCUACCUUGGGGGAGAAAAAUAUCAAGAAAGAGCCAAUCUCGAAAUUUCUGCGAAAAUAUGGUCGAUACCUGAAAUUCUCCGCUUCAAGCGACGCCCUGCAAGCGACUAGUUUACUUCGACGAUGUCUCUUUCUGGUUCUUUGCAAUUGUCCUAUGAUUUGGGACUUUGCAGGAACCAGGUAUACAAGACAAAAUUUAAGAUUGUACUUGGAAGGGGGAAGUUGGAUUUAUUGAGCUCUGACCUCUCAUCUCGUGCUUCGUUCCUGCAACAGCAUGGACAGGAUGUUUGGAGAAGUUCACUCUCCAACAAAUUGUACAGGCCAAUGCAUUUCGUUCCAUACAGAAACGAUGCCUUUAGGUGUCAUGCUUUUGGAGUACCUGCCCAAAUAUUAGAACUGCCUGGUGUAAAAGCUGCAUCUAUUUCAUUAACAAGGUCUUACAAUACUUUACAAGCCAGUCCUCUUGCACUUAAGUUGAUUCCAGCCGCUACUAUUAUAAUUUUUUCCCUAUAUGGUGUUGGGCCACUUAUUCGACGGGGUAGAAGCCUACUUCUCCAUAAGAGUGAUAAUAGUUGGAAGAAGAGUAGAACACAUUAUGUUACAACUUCUUAUGUUCAACCUUUGCUGUUGUGGGCUGGAGCAAUACUCAUGUGCAGAACACUGGAUCCAUUAGUUCUCCCUACAGAAGCUAGCCAAGUUGUUAAGCAACGACUUUUAAAUUUUGUAAGAUCAUUGUCAACUGUGUUGGCCUUUGCAUUUUGCUUAUCGAGCACGAUUCAGCAAAUGCAGAAAUUCUUCAUGGAGACGAGUGAUUCCAGUGAUACAAGAAAUAUGGGUUUCCAGUUUGCAGGGAAAGCUAUAUACUCUGCAGUUUGGGUUGCUGCUGUGUCGUUGUUCAUGGAGUUGCUGGGUUUCUCUACAGAGAAGUGGCUGACUGCUGGAGGUCUGGGGACGGUUUUGCUGACUCUUGCUGGUCGUGAGAUAUUCACUAAUUUUCUUUCAAGUGCAAUGAUUCAUGCAACUCGACCUUUUGUUGUGAAUGAAUGGAUUCAAACAAAGAUUGAGGGAUAUGAAGUUUCUGGCACUGUUGAGCAUGUUGGUUGGUGGUCACCAACAAUAGUAAGAGGGGAAGAUCGAGAAGCAGUUCACAUUCCAAACCACAAAUUUACUGUAAAUGUUGUGAGAAAUCUUAGUCAGAAAACUCAUUGGCGCAUUAAAACUCACCUGGCUAUCAGUCACAUGGACGUCCAUAAAAUUAGUAAUAUUGUUGCUGACAUGCGCAAAGUCCUGGCUAAGAAUCCUCAAGUUGAGCAGCAGAGAUUGCAUAGAAGAGUAUUUCUGGAAAAUAUUAAUCCCGAAAAUCAGGCUCUUAUGAUACUGGUGUCUUGUUUUGUAAAAACUUCCCAUUUUGAAGAGUACCUAUGUGUCAAGGAAGCUAUACUUUUGGAUCUCCUUAGAGUCAUCAGCCAUCACUGUGCCCGGCUUGCCACACCAAUUCGCACUGUGCAGAAAAUAUAUAGUGAUGCUGACUUGGAAAAUAUUCCUUUUGCAGACUCGAUGUAUAACCAUGAUGGAAUACAAUCUAACAGGCCUCUGUUACUGAUUGAACCCUCUUAUAAGAUCAAUGGUGAAGAUAGAACAAAAGGCCGUUCUUCCCGUCCAGCUGGAGAGCAAGAUGGUAAAACCACAGUGCGGCCUAGUGCUGACACUAAAGGAGACAACAAGGCAGGAAUGAUACCAAAGCCUGACUCCAAGUCCAAAGGAACACCAUCUGUUGAACCCAAAGCUAAUGCCAAGAUAGGAGAAACUCCAAGCUCUGACACCAAGGAGAACUUUAAGGCCACAUUUGAACCGACAUCUGAUGAUAAAGUGCUCUUGAAAUCACCAUUAAAAUCUGUCUCCAAAACAAAUUCUAACGCUGCAGAAACAUCUAGUUCCAGCCCAAAAGUUCCAGAUUCAAUCUCAGAUGAUCUGCUAAAAAACAAAAAGGUCACUGACAAGCAACAGAAAAAUGCUAGACAGAGCAGCGAGUUGGAGAACCCUUCAUUGACCUUGCAGGAAACUGGUAUUGACAAAGCAGGAGGAUUACGAGAACCCUUCCAAUCAAAACAGGAAGAUGAGAAGCUGCCAGUCUCUCAGCCACCAAUGACAAGAUCUGCCUUGGAGGAAAAUAUAGUUCUCGGUGUAGCAUUAGAGGGCUCGAAGAGAACACUACCUAUCGAUGAAGGGUUGACCUCAUCUGCUGUAGAUGCAAAAGAAGUUGCAUCUUCAAGCCGGAAUGGAAACGGAUCCACUGCUGGGGAUAAGAAAGAUGGUCAGAUUCUAUCGACUUCAAAGACCCCUAACAAUCAGUGAUGUAUUUGAGAGGUAACUACUGAUCCCCAGAGUUUGCGACUUGAAUUAUCUAACACCUUUUGCUGACACCUACACUAUAGAGCUGUGUUUCUUCAAAUUGCACCACGCAUGUAUAUUUUCUUCUGGGUACUCUUGUAUUAUUUUUGUGAAAAUAAGUAAUAUAUAAUAUUUAUCUUGAGAGAAUCGGUAAUACAUCGUUCUCCCAGUUUCUUUA